GCAGCCAGCUGCUGUGACCUGUGCCUGGCCCUGGGCAGCAGGGCCAGGGGAGUGGAGGGAGGGGGUCGGCUCGCCCUGUGCCCAAGAGAGCGGGUGUGAUGGCACCCGCUGGCCACUGCCAUCGCUGGGCUGGAACGGAAGGUGAGAGGCGGGUGGCAGCAGGCAGGGAGCAGGAGGGCGUGCGCGGCGGAGCCAUCUUCCUCUACGGAGAUGUCAUCUACAGCGGUGGCAAGAAGUUCCGGCAGGCGCUCAAGAGCCAUGCCUUCCAGGCCCUGGUGCCCCUGCUCUUCCACCUGGCCGACUCCUGCCCUGAGGUGGUCACGAAGGCAAAGUUAACCUUCCUGCGCUGCGCCAUCCUGCUGAAGUGGGAGUUCCGGAAGGAGUUAUUCAGGAAGUUGGCUUGGGGUCAUGGCCCAGGCGCUGAGAACGACAUCUUUAUCUACAUGGUGGAGAGCAACUUCAACAGCUACCACCAGUUUCUGAUGCAGGCGCUAGUGUACCUGGACAGCCCCAACAGGCGCCUGAAGCUCACAGCCAUGAAGUUCAUCGGUAGGUGUGGCCAUUGCCCGAUCCACGUGAAGCCGCAGUCUGGGGCCCUGAGGUCCACUGGGUCCGCCAGCUGGGCACCUGCCCCUUGUCCUUGCCUGCCUCCCUCAGCGGCCCCCCCCCUCCCCCCUGCAGGGGGCAUCCUGCAGGACUACUUCAGCAAUCUCUGCUUCUACCUGAAGAAGGACGACGUGAAGACUCUCAAGAAAUACUUCGAGACGCUCAGGCAGGACCCGGACUCCAUGAGCCGCAGGUUCUGCAAGCACUUCUCCAAAGACGUCGCAGAGCUGUCGCAGUACGUCAUGAUCUUCUGAGUCAGCCUGGGGCUGCCGAUCCUUGCAGUUGGUUUUGUUGUGUUGUGUUGUGUUUUUUGGUUCUGUAUUAAAUAUGAGG